GCCUGCGUCAGCCAAUCAGAGCUGGCGGUUAGCUCGUCCCGCCGCCGACGUCAGGCCUCGUCAGACGUGAUGCAAAAGAGCGGCAAAAUCACGUCGAGUCGUCGUGCUGACGCCAGCCUUGUCGAUGACGAGUCUCAGCAUCAGGCCAAGCAUCAGCAUCGCAGUCAGCAUCACAAACAACAUAAGAUGACAUCCCUGCAGCAGCAUCAACAAGGAGAGCAGCUACAGCAGCUGAAGCAACGGUCGUGGCAGCAACAUGAGUGUAGAUCUCCCGGAGGUUCUCCAGAGGUGCAGGAGCUGGUGCAGGUGGAGAGACAUGGCGUCAUCCUGCACGAUGUAGAGCAGGCAAACAACGAAGUUAACCUGCUUUAGCCUGCCGACCUGCACUGACCUGUAUUCUCAUUCGCAACUGUGCACUGCAUUUCACUGCGUCCAACUGCUCAGCCUACGGACCUGCAGUGACUUCGCCAUGCUACGGACCUGCAGUGACUUCGCCAUGCUACGGACCUGCANUG